GGAUAAACUGGCAUGCCUGCUUCCACUCUGUCCACUCUACCUCAUUUUCCUUGAUAUUUAUUUCGCUAUUGUUGAUGGCGCAGUUCGGUGCUGCUAUUGCAGGUUAGAACAUGCAAGUUCAUGUAAUGUGUAGUUCAUCUUCACGAGAAUAACGAUUAGAAUGUUUCGAUCAAUGAGGUGUUCGAUUUUCACGCUACAUCGCGUGAAAAAUCGCCGUUGUUUGCACACAUGCGGUCAGCAGUUGUCAGAAGUUACAGAAUAUGAGUCUCCUAUUACAGAGGAAUAUAAGAAGGGUCCAAUGGAGGGUAGGUCCCUUUAUUUAGAUGCCCAAGCUACUACUCCACUGGAUCCCCGGGUGUUGGAUAAGAUGAUGCCAUAUCUAACAGUGUAUCAUGGUAACCCACAUUCCAGAACUCACAUGUAUGGUUGGGAAUCAGAGGCAGCAGUUGAGCAUGCUCGUCAGCAAAUUGCAGAUCUGAUUGGAGCAGACAAAAAGGAAGUGGUAUUUACUUCUGGUGCAACAGAAUGUAACAAUAUAGCUGUGAAAGGCGUGGCAAGGUUCUACAAAGCAAAGAAAAAUCAUGUUGUGACGACCCAGACAGAACACAAAUGUGUAUUAGAUUCGUGUAGAGCCUUGGAAGCAGAAGGAUUUGAUGUAACAUAUAUUCCUGUUAAAUCAAAUGGUCUUAUAGACCUCAGCGAAUUAGAAGCAGCUAUUAAACCAUCUACAUCUCUAGUUUCUGUAAUGAUGGUAAAUAAUGAGAUUGGUGUUAAACAGCCUAUUCAGGAAAUUGGCGCUAUUUGUAGAAAGAAAAAAGUUUUCUUCCACACAGAUGCUGCACAAGCUAUAGGCAAAGUACCAAUCGAUGUUAACGCCAUGAACAUUGAUCUUAUGUCUAUCAGCGGGCAUAAACUAUAUGGCCCAAAAGGCAUUGGAGCCUUGUAUGUCAGAAGAAGACCACGAGUGCGAGUGGAACCAUUGCAAAGUGGAGGUGGACAAGAGAGAGGAAUGAGAAGCGGUACUGUGCCAGCACCCUUAGCUGUGGGACUGGGUGCCGCUUGUGAAUUAGCAAUGACUGAAAUGGACUACGAUCACAGAUAUAUCAACGAGCUAUCAAAUCAUCUAAUUGAGAAAAUAAUGACAAGCUUACCACAAGUUGUACGAAACGGCGAUCCCGUGAACUGGUAUCCCGGCUGCGUGAAUUUGUCAUUUGCAUGCGUCGAGGGUGAAUCAUUACUGAUGGCUUUAAAGGAUGUGGCACUGAGCAGUGGUUCUGCUUGCACCAGCGCGAGCUUGGAACCCAGCUACGUGUUGAGAGCAAUUGGCGCUUCGGAAGACUUGGCUCAUUCCAGUAUUAGGUUUGGCAUCGGCCGAUUUACAACAUUAGAAGAAAUCGAUUACACCGCCGAAAAUACGAUACGGCAAGUGAAGCGACUUCGGGAAAUGAGCCCAUUGUGGGAGAUGGUGGAAGAUGGUAUCGAUUUGAAAACUAUUAAGUGGACUCAACAUUAGUGCCUCGCGCUUUACAAACCUAGCUGUGUAGUACGUAUAUUAAUCAUAAUGUUUAAUGAUACCGAUCUUAAAUCACAACAGAUCAAAUCUAGUUAAUUAAUGAUUGACGAGGUGUAAUAAAUUUUUAUUU